CUUUCUUUAAGCUUUACUUCACCAUAACCUGAGAGACCAAUGACACAGGAUAACCAUCAACCUAUAUCUAAAUAUACAAAUACUUCAUCCAUAUCCCUUUAGGGCUUUAGAAUAUUUCCUUCCAGUUGAUGAACAUGUCAAGGCUUCUUAAAUAGGACAUCAUUUAUUUUCUAAAAGCCAUCAUAUUUAGAGAUUAAGCUUGAAGCCCCCUUUUCUUAGACUUCCUGAUGGAUGCUCUACCCAAGGUUCCACGCAACUGUGUUCUUCCAAUGGCUGCUGUAGUGAGCACAGCACCAUCUAAAACCGAUCGAGCAAUCAAGAAGGAAGAAGAAAGGGCAAUCUCCAUUACCUAUCCUGAUCAUGAAGACUUCAGCAGAGAGUGCAAACUUGAUGUGAAUGAUUUGACAUGGAUGGAGACAAUAAAAAAGAAGCUUAAUGAAUCGCACCCCGAGACUUAUCAAUUUGCGCAGUGCACUAUCUUUAGAGUCCCUCGAAAUAUUCGGCGUGGAGACCCCAAAGCUUAUGAGCCCCUCGUUGUGUCUAUAGGCCCUUAUCACUAUUGUAGUUCACAAAGGGGUACUCGUGGUUCUAUGCAAGAACACAAGUGGCAGUGUUUAAGAUACCUGCUUUCUAGACAUAGAUGUAGAGAAAGAGAGAGCAAGAUUUUGGAGAGAUGCUUGUCACAGUUGAAGGCAUUGGAUUGUGAGGUAAGGGGUUGCUAUUCUGGAACUUUAGAGUUUGAUCAACACAAGCUUUCUUCAAUUAUGUUACUUGAUGGAUGCUUCAUUGUACAUAUCUUGUUAAGGCAAGUGCUUAAUGAGGAGGAGGAAGAAAUUAUCCACGGCCCAUUGCUAGGACUGCGAUGGAUAUGGAACUUGAUAGUGUAUGAUUUACUGAAAGUCGAGAACCAAAUGCCUUUCUUCGUUGUCCAAAUCCUGUUUGAUAUAUUGCAAACUCCUGCAGACAAAGGCAUCAAUCUUCAAGAUCUUGUGCUCAAACUCUUCCAUGACAUCCAUCCUAAUAAAUCUGUAGCAUUCACUUCGAUACCCAGAAACAAAAUCCAUCACUUGCUUCAUCUCUUUCAUUCAACUCUAAUUCCUUCAACAGAACAAAUACAUGUGACAACUCCACCGGAGUGGAUCCCUUGUGCAUCUGAGCUCAAGUUAGCUGGAAUAAAGUUCAAGCAAAACGAAGCAGCUGAAAGUUUCUUAGAUGUGUCAUUCAAAGAUGGCUUAAUGGAGAUCCCUCAGCUUCGAAUUUACGACUAUACCUCCUCUGUCUUCAGAAACCUCAUUGCCUUUGAGCAGUGUUAUCCCGGCUCAAAAACUUAUAUCACCAUCUAUGCUGCCUUCAUGGAUUGUAUCAUUGACACUGCCGAGGAUGUGAAGUUGCUUGAUUUGAAAGGGAUUCUUGUGAAUAGGUUGAGCACCGAUGAAGUAGUGGCUGAUCUCUUCAAUCAGUUAUGCAAUCAGAUACACUAUGCUUCCGAUAUGAAUUAUCUUGGAGAUGUGUUCGUUAAGGUGAAGAAGUACCAUGAGUCGAAAUGGCACAGAUGGAGGGCGGGGUUGAUUCGGGACUAUUUUAGCAAUCCAUGGGCAGGCAUUGCGGUUGUGGCUGCAAUAGUACUUUUUUUGCUGACAAUCGAGCAAUCAAUUUUUGAUGCCCUUUCUUAUUUUUACCCUUCUUAGAAAUUGUGCGUGGACCGUUUGUUCUCUUCCCAUAUUUAAGUUUCUUCCACCGUGUUAAAUUUGAAGAAUUUGGAUAUUAAGCUCAUCUGUUUUGCGUCAAAUACUGUUCUUUUGUGGUGAUAAUAUCCCAUUAACGCUCAACGUGUGCAAUAGGUUUUACAGUUUUUUCUGCUAUGGCAGAUUUGUUGCUACCAUCAUAAUUCUAAGCU